AUGUUGAUGCCCAAGAAGAAUCGCAAUGCAAUUUACGAACACCUCUUCAAAGAGGGAGUUAUGGUUGCAAAAAAGGAUUACCAUGCACCUAAACACCCGGAAUUAGAGACUAUUCCCAAUCUUGAAGUCAUCAAGGCUAUGCAGACAUCUCGCCCACGUCCCGCUGCUUCAAAGAGCGAGUCCUCAAGACCAGCUGAAGACCGUGCCGGAUACAGACGUGGACCAGGUGGUCCUCCAGCUUCUGGUGACAAGAAGGCUGAUAUUGGUCCUGGUACAGCUGAUCUUGAGUUCCGUGGUGGAUUCGGUCGUGGCAAAGCUCCUCAAUAA